AUGAAUGAUUUUUCUGAUAAUGACGCUACUCGUCGCAAACUGGAAUCAAAGCCUACAACUAGAUGUGGAAAGGGGGCAGAGAUGCGCGUGCAUAUACAUGAGGAGAUGGGCAGAUGGAUUGUAACCUACUUUCAAGACGAACACAACCAUAAAAUGCUUGAUGAUAUGUUAACUUUUAUGCUUCCUGGGCAUAGGAAAAUGAAUUCUGCUGUAAUUGAUCAGAUGAACAUGGUGCUGAAAGUUGGUAUUAAAACUACUCAGAUUUAUUUAUCAUUUGUACACACUGCAGGUGGAUUUCAUAAUGUGCCCUUUUUGAAAAGAGAUAUGUAUAAUCAGAUAGACAAGCAACGGAGGCUCAUAGGUGGUGAUGCCAUGGCUUGCCUUAAGUAUUUGGAAUCAACGGCAGCAGAGAGCCCAGGAAUGUUCGUGCGAUACCUGGCAGAUGAUGAGGGUCGGUUGGUCCACCUUUUUUGGUCAGACAAUUGUAGCCAAUUGGACUACCAUUUGUUUGGAGAUGUGGUAGCAUUUGAUGCGACUUAUCGAAAGAAUAAGUAUAUGUGCCCUUUAGUUGUAUUUUCCGGUGUCAAUCAUCAUAACCACACCAUUGUGUUUGCAUCUGCACUUGUUGCAAAUGAAAAUGAGGCAACAUAUACGUGGUUACUUGAACAGUUUCUAGAUGCCAUGAAGGGAAAGAAGCCUGGUGUGUGA